AUGGUCCCCUUCCCCAAACCAAUCUCCUCACUUCCCAUCUUCCUCCUAAUCUCUCUCCUCUCGGCACGCGCGCACGCAGCUUCCUUCACCAUCCGCAACAAUUGUCCGUUCACGGUUUGGGCGGCCUCGGUCCCAGUCGGCGGUGGCCUCCGCCUCGACCGCGGGCAGACGUGGACCAUUAACGUCCCCGCUAGCACUACUGGAGCCCGCAUUUGGGCCCGAACUGGAUGCUCGUUCGAUGAGUCAGGCCGCGGCCAAUGCCAGACGGGCGACUGUAAUGGGCAACUACAGUGCCAGGGCUACGGUGUGCCCCCCAACACCCUAGCAGAAUAUGCGCUUAACCAAUUCAACAAUCUCGACUUUUUUGACAUAUCUCUAGUGGACGGGUUCAAUGUCCCGAUGGAGUUCGGUCCUGAUAAUUCAGAGGGAUGCAGUCGCGGCAUCGAGUGCACGUCAGAUAUCAACGGGCAAUGCCCAAACGAUCUACGGGCCCCGGGAGGGUGCAAUAACCCGUGCACGGUGUACAAGACCGACCAGUACUGCUGCAACUCCGGGAACUGUGGGCCCACAGACUUGUCGAGGUUUUUCAAGCAGAGGUGCCCGGAUGCAUACAGCUACCCGAAGGACGACCAGACGAGCACCUUCACUUGCCCAGGGGGCACCAAUUACAGGGUGGUUUUCUGCCCUUAG